UUUUAAUGAUUCUACACACGUAUGACACAUGCGGAGUUUCGUAUAUUUCAAGUAGGAACUAAGUGAACCGAUUCUUCAGUUAUAAUCAGCGAUGGACAGUAAACAGCCACCCCCUCCGCCGCCUGCGUACGGUCAACCCUCGGGGUACAGCCAGCCCCCACCACCCCCGGGCUACCCGGGGAGCACGGUGGUGGUGACCCAGCCAGUCCACAUGAACCCCUACAUGUUCCGUGAGUUCGGGGUUCAGAUGCAAUGCCCCCACUGUCAGGCCACCAUUACCACGUCAACCAGAUACGAGGUCGGAACUCUCACAUGGGUCGCCUGUUUCGUUAUAGCUAUAGUGGGGUGUUGGUUGGGAUGCUGUUUUAUUCCGUUCUGUAUUGAUGGUUGUAAAGACGUCAUCCACUCCUGUCCAAACUGCAAACAAGACGUUGGACGAUACAACAGAAUGUAAACAAAACUCACGGAGAAAUGACGAGGUUAAGGUCUGUCCUAACUUCAGAAACUUAGAAGACAAAUCAAAGGAUCUGAUUAUUUUCGUCGUAAUUUGAGAAUAACAUAUAUUGUAUUGUUUAUUAUUUGGUAAAAUGCAUGUGAUAACAUCAUAUUUUUGUGCAAGAUUACUAGAAUUUGAUGUUGAACAAAGCAGACGGCUUUAACGACAUCAUACGAUGAACUUUAAAUUUACUGGGUGGAAUUAUAAACGAAGUAAAGAAAUACUAUAAAUUUUAUAUUCACUUCCAAAUUGUUGAUUCAAACUUUACGAUAUGAUAUUAUACAAACCUACUUUGAGAGCACUAUUUCAAGGUAAAUAUAGGUUGUGCACUACUGAAUUUUCCUAUUACUUACAUGAUUAGAGCAGGUCUGGAUGUAAAUAUGCUGUUAUAUCAUUAUUUUGAUAUAUUUUAAUUUGUGAUAUUUUUGCUUGAAAAUUCAAAUAUAUGUACUUUUGGAGAAAAACUGUUGAGAAUAAUGAUUUACUGUGAUUUAUUCCCCGUGUUUUAUCUUUGCAAAUGUAUUCUAUAUACACCUUUAU